UUCAGGGAAUUCAAUCCCACCUAUCAUAAACCCACUCUCUCUCUCUCUCUCUCCAUGGAAUUUCAGUCAACCUUUAGUUUGACUACCGCCGCCCUCUUCCUCCUGACACCUGUCGUUUUCUUACUCAUAAUCAAGUCACGUAGACAAAAACCACACCACCACCAGCUCCCGCCGAGCCCGCCGCGGCUGCCUCUGAUCGGCCACGUCCACCAUCUCAUCGGCAAACUACCCCACCACGCCCUCACCGCCCUCUCCCAAAAAUACGGCCCCGUCCUCCACCUUCGCCUCGGCCAAGUCCCCGCCGUCAUCAUCUCCUCCCCGGCGGCUGCGCGCGAGGUCCUCAAAUCGCAGGACCCCGCCUGCGCCGACCGCCCCGACAGCAUCGGCACCAACAUCAUGUGGUACGACCAGGCCGACCUCGCCUUCAGCCCCUACGGCGAGCACUGGCGCCAGAUGCGCAGGAUAUGCGUCCUCGAGCUCCUCAGCGCCCGCAACGUCCGCUCCUUCGGCCUCCUCCGCCGCCACGAGGUCGACCGCCUCGUCGACACCCUCCGCCUCUCCGCAGGCCGGCUCUUCGACCUCACGACGGCGGUGUUCGCCGUCACCAGCGCCACCACGUGCCGGGCGGCGUUCGGGAAGGUGGUGAGGGGCCGCGAGGCGCUGAUUAAGAUGAUGAGAGAGGCGGUGACGAUGACCGGAGGGUUAGAGCUUGCGGAUUUGUUUCCGUCGUCGAAGCUGCUGAAUGUUCUCUGCUGGAAUAGGUAUAGGCUGCUGAGGAUGCGGCGGCGGCUUGACCGGAUUCUGGAUGUGAUCGUGAAGGAGCACCGCUUGAAGAAGAGCGGCGAGUUCGGCGGUGAGGAUAUAGUCGAUGUUUUGAUCAGGAUGCAGGAAAACAGAGAGCUUCAGAUUCCAAUCACGAAUCACAACAUCAAAGCUAUCAUUUUCGAUAUGUUUUCUGCUGGAACUGAGACAACGUCAACGACUAUUGACUGGGCGAUGGCGGAGUUGAUGAGGAACCCUGCUGUGAUGGAGAAGGCGCAGGCGGAGAUCAGAGCGGCCGUGAAGGGAAAAACGAGCGUCCAAGAGGGCGACUCGGAGGCGCUGAGAUACCUAAAACUGGUGAUCAAAGAGACUCUGAGGUUGCACCCGCCGAUUCCGUUGCUUCCGAGAGCGUGCAGAGAAGAAUGCAAAGUUGAUGGAUAUUCAAUCCCGGUCAAAGCUAAAGUGGUGAUCAACGCAUGGGCCAUGGCCCGGGAUCCAAAAUACUGGGACCGGCCCGAGAUAUUCUGGCCCGAGCGGUUUGAGGGGAGUUCGGCAGACUUCGCGGGCAGUGAAUUGCAGUAUAUUCCUUUUGGGGCAGGGCGAAGGGCCUGCCCGGGGAUAGGGUUCGGGCUGGCGACGGUGGAGCUGACGCUGGUGCAGCUUCUCUAUCACUUUAACUGGAAGAUGCCGGUGGGAACGAGCGUGGAUAUGGCGGAGGGCGAUGGGGUCGCCGUCGGUCGGAAAAACGGUCUCUUUGUGGUCCCCACGCCCUAUGAUAAUUCGAUUGCUAUAUGAUAGUUUUGUGACUGAGUUUUCGUUCGACUUGUUGCUAAAUUUACUCUGUUUUUACAGUUUGAUAUAUGUAUUCAAGGAGCAUGAUGUAAGCGAUAAUAUAAGAUUAAUAAAAUAAUUACGCCCUCUGUUUUUUCA